AGACGUUUAUCCCCCAAAAAAGUAGAAACGAUUCUAUAUAACUCCCAUUGUCUGUAGCGACUAAACAGUGUGUCUGAAUACACAUUUUUCCUGUAUUUCAUUUUUCUUUUAUUGUGAAGAGUGAGCGGUUUGGAUUCGCUUGUUGUUUGGCUAUUGUCCGUUGUGUGUGUGUGUGUGUGUGUGUGUGUGUGUGUGUGUGUGUGUGUGUGUGUGUGUGUGUGUUAACAGUUAGCCGCAUUGGACUGCUAGCAGUCAGGUUAGCUUAAGAAGCGGCAUCCCCGCGAGGACAUUAUUGCUGGAUUUUACUGUCGCUCGCAUCUUUUUUUUUUUUUUCUUUUCUUCUUUUUUUUAAACAGCGUCUCCUAUGUUAUUCUGCACAGGCUUCUCCCCACCACGUAAACCCCUAACCGAUUAACCCAGUUACAUCGUCCGUGCACGGUGGUCAUGGGUGGGAUCAAACAAGAGCAGGGUGAUGCAUCGCAGCAGUCCAGACCUUCACAUUCAGCAGAUCAACCACAAGAAGAGCCAAAGAAGAGAGGCUGGCCGAAGGGAAAGAAAAGAAAGAAGGUGCUACCAAAUGGUCCCAAAGCACCGGUGACGGGAUAUGUCCGCUUCCUGAAUGAACGCCGAGAACGUAUGCGGGCCAGAUACCCUGACUUACCGUUCCCAGAAAUCACCAAGAGGCUUGGAGCAGAGUGGACACAAUUAGCCGUGAAUGACAAACAGCGCUACCUGGACGAGGCGGAGCGGGAGAAGAUGCAGUAUGCCCAGGAACUGAAGGAUUAUCAGCAGACUGAGGCCUAUCACAUCACCACCGCUAAGAUACAAGACAAGAGGAUCAAGAAAGAAGACACUCCGUCUGUCAUCAUUAGUACUAAUUCAGAGUCUUCGGUAUCAAAGGCUUGUGACCUCACCAAAGGAUUCGACAUCCCCAUCUUCACAGAGGAGUUCCUCGAUCAGAACAAAGCUCGAGAGGCUGAGUUGCGACGGCUUCGUAAGGCCAACAUUGAGUUUGAAGAGCAGAAUGCGGUGCUUCAGCGGCACAUAAAGGACAUGUACAGUGCUAAAGAGCGCCUGGAGGCUGAACUGGGGCUGGACGAGAAGCGCACCCAGGCUCUUCACCAAAACUUGCUGACCAUUAAACACACAUUGGUCAACAGUCUGUCAUCAGUUCCCCUGCCAGGCACCGGAGAGACGGCGUCUCAUGGGAACCUGGACUCCUACCUGAGUCGUCUCAGCGGAGUGCUGGAGGGAAACCCUCACAAGCAUCGUGCGCUGCUCAGCCAGCUCUGCGAAGUCCUCUCUCAUCUAGACAGUGAGAAGUUAUGAGGAGACUUCAGCUGGCGACCCUUUCAUUCCUGCAUCAGAGGGACACGUGUCCGGCUCGGUGGCGUUAGGUCAAGUCAGUGCCAAUCAACAGAGCAUGUGGAUAUCUCAAGGAUAGUAAAGGCAAGGGUGCAAACACUUCAAAAAAAGCCACACACAGUCCGCGUCUACAUGCCUCUUCUUUAUGAAUAUGUGUAUAAGGUAGAAAAUGUGUAGUCAUGCACAUGAGUUUUUGUGAAUGUAAAUCUGUGUGCCAGGGUUUAGGGUUUUUACACAGGAAUUUCAUUAAAUGUAAUAUUAUCUUCAAAUCUGCUUUAAUUAAGUCAAAUUGGAUUGGCCCUAACCUCAUUGUGUAGUAUCUGCAGUUGCCUACAGGCCCAUGACCUGUCCAAUAAGACAAACCUAGUUAUUUGUUUACAAUAAAUGCCAUCUGGCAUUUGGUGGGUGGGGUAAUGUGUAGUAUUAUUUAGAAUGCAUGAAAAACACAAAACUGGAAAGGGUGAACAGGAAAUGUCUGGGUUUACAUGUUUGAAUUGACAUUGAUGAUGGCAGGUUGUUGAAUGGACAAGCAGUUUCACAUGUCACAAUAUUAUAUAUUUGUGAAGUAUAUUUGUAUUUUCUGAAAUGUUCAUUAAACCAUACUGAAAAUAUUUCCAACAAAAGGUGAAUGUGAGAAAAUGUUGAUUUUCUUUACUUUUUAAAAAUUGUUUAAUUGUAUAAAAUUCCCCGUCUCAAGUUAAAGUCAUAUCACAAAACAACUUGUUUUCCCCCUCUCGUGUGUGUGUGUGUGUGUGUGUGUGUGUG